AUUUGAUAAAAUUAAAUUUUAAAAAUUUUUUAAUUUAGAAUUUUUCUAUUAGAAAUGGAAAUUAAAUUAAUUUAAAUUUUCAUAAAAUGACGAAAGUUUUAAGGUUGUUAAGCUACUAAAUAAUUUUAUUGAUAUUAAAGGUAGUUAGCAUUAUUGGCUGCAUGAGUCUAAUAAUGUUUUUAAAAAAAUGCCACCAUAGAUUAAUUUUAGAAAAAAUUAUUGGAAGACCUUCGGUUAUAUGUGUUAGUAAUUUUUAUAGAAAAAAUUCAAAAAUAUCUCAUGAUUCUGUUUUACCAACUCAAGCACAAAUUGUGAUAUGUGGUACUGGACUGGUUGCAAAUUCACUAGCCUACCAUUUAGUUGAAAAUGGUUGGUCUGAUAUUGUACUCGUUGAUCAAGGAAAACCAUGUGGAGGAACAUCACAUUUUGGCUCUGGAACAUUAGGUCUCUUCAAACCAAUAGCAGAACGAAAUAUGAUAAUGUACAGUAUUAAAUUAUAUAGACAGUUAGAGGCUAAAGGAUAUGAUAUUGGAUUGAAACAAUGUGGUAGCUUGAAUUUAGCUCAAACUAAAAAUCGAAUGAUAGCACUAAAGCGAAGAAUAGCGUAUAAUUCUCCAAGUGGAUUACACUGUGAGAUGCUAGGAAAAAAUGAGUUAAAAAGGCUACAUCCAUAUUUAAAUACAGAUGAUUUAGAGGGUGGAGUUUGGGUGCCUGAAGAUGGAGUUGCAAAUCCUCAAGCUAUAUGUAAAUCAUUAGGAAAACUUGCUAGUGAAGGUGGUGCUCAUUAUGUGAGCAAUUGUAAAGUAAAAAAAAUUUUGACUGAGAAUAAUCGUAUUAAAGGUGUGAAUACUAGUCGAGGAUUUAUUUAUUGUGAAUAUUUUGUUAACUGUGCUGGCAUGUGGGCAAGAGAGGUCGGAAAUUUAUGUUCUCCCAAAGUAAGAGUUCCUGUUUAUCCAGCUGAACAUUUUUAUGUUACUACAAAUCCAUUAUCUGGAGUUAAUGAUGACUUGCCAUGCUUAAGAGAUUUUGAUUCUCAUAUAUAUGCUCGAGAGUAUAACUCGGGAUUUUUAAUUGGUGGUUUUGAAAAGGUAGCUAAACCAGCAUUUCUCAAUACAGCACUCAUACCUGCUGACUGGAAAAAAGAUAUGCCACAAGACUGGAAACACUUUAUGCCAUAUUGGGAAAAAGCUAUAUCUAGACUUCCUAUUCUCAAAGAAGUAGUCAAUCCAUUACUAUCUAAUUCACCAGAUACGUUUACACCAAAUGGCAAAUGGAUUUUGGGGGAAACUCCUGAAGUAGAUAAUUAUUUUGUAGCUGUUGGAAUGAAUGGAAAUCCUUUACAAGGUGCAGGUGGAAUAGGAAAAGCUAUGGCUGAAUGGAUCAUUGAAGGCAGACCUACACAAGAACACUUGGCUUUUGAUGUACAGCGAUUUUUAGACUUACAUAAUAAUAGAAUGUAUUUACAAGAACGAACUAAAGAAAUCAUUGGCCGGCAUUAUGCAAUACCAUAUCCUCAUCAAAAUGAAUAUAAAAAUGCAAGAAAAUUACGUUGUUCACCUUUAUUCAGUGUAUUAGAAAAUCGAGGUGCAGUCUUUGGUACUCGAAUGGGUUAUGAACGUCCAUUAUAUUUUGAUACUACUUAUAAUGUAGGUAAAGGAAAACUUCCAGAAUUACCUUCAGGGACAUUUUACAAACCGACUUUUUUUGAUUUUUUAUUGGAAGAAUUUUAUGCUUGUAGAGAAUCUGUUGGUAUAAUAGAUAUGUCUUCAUUUUCGAAAAUGAAUAUACAAGGUGGUGAUAUUAUGACUGAAUUUGAGUCUCAGUGUGAUGGUGUUGUUGAAUGGCUUCAAAGUUUAUGCACUAAUGAUGUUAAUAUACCAGUUGGUGGAAUUGUUCAUACUGCAAUGCUUAAUGAAAGAGGCGGCUAUGAAAAUGAUUGCCUUUUAGUCCGUGAAAGAGAAAAUAGUUAUUUGAUGGUGUCACCUACUAGUCAACAAACAAGGGUUUUAGAUUGGCUGAAAGAUCAUUUACCUAAAGAUGAAUCUAUUCAGUUAGCUGAUAUAACUUCAAUGUAUACUGUGGUAAAUGUUAUAGGUCCAAAAGCUGGUGCUCUUAUAUCAGAGCUCUCAUUGUCGGAUGUUGACAUUAAUUUACAACCAUUUACAUUUAAAACUGUUAAUAUUGGUUAUGCAUCUGAUGUGAUGAUGAUGGCUUUUACUCAUACUGGUGAACCAGGAUAUUGCUUAUAUAUACCAUCGGAGUAUGCUUUACAUGUAUAUGAUCGUUUAAUGGCUGUAGGAUUUGACUAUGGAAUUCGAGAUGUUGGUAGUUUAGCACAGAGAUACAUGAGAAUUGAAAAAUUUAUUCCUUUUUGGGCAGAAGAAUUGACUAGAGAUACUACACCAUUUGAAGCAGGGUGCAAUCAUAUUGUAAAAUUGGAUAAAGAAUAUUUUAUUGGAAAAUUUGCGCUACGUAGACAAAAAGACCAAGGAAUUACUAAAAAAUUAGUCAUGUUUAUUUUGGAUGAAUUAGAUCCUGAUACAGAUAUUUGGUUAUGGGGUUCAGAGCCCAUUUAUAGGAAUGGUCAAUUUGUUGGGACUAUUACUUCAGCUGGGUAUGGCUUCAAUUUAGGAAAACUUGUUGGUUUAGGAUACAUUCAACAUACUUUUUCAGACAACAGAAAUAGAAAUAAUAUAUCCAUAACUAACGAUUAUAUUUUAUCUCCAUCAGCAAAGUAUGAAAUAGAUGUUGCUGGAAAUAGAUUUUCUGCUUCCCCAAAAAUACAUACACCAUACAUUAGUAUGAAUAUUCAAAAUAUGUCCGAUCAGUCACGAUAUAUUCCUAAAAUAAUUUGUUGAUAUUGAUGGAUAUUCUUUUAGUAAAGACGAAAUUUAUUUUGUUUACUACAAAUUGCCUUUCAUUAAAUUAUAGUUGUUAUAUGGUUUUAAGAUAUUUUAUUAUUGUGAUACUGAUGUUUUGUUAAAAAUA